AUGCGUGCCCUUGAAAUCUUGAAUUUGUCGGGUAGAUGCGAUCACCUGCGGCGCGUUUGCUUUGGAAAUUUGCAUCUCCCGCCGAAGCUAUCAGCUGGAUAUUCAAAAAAAAGGGCUGGCCUAGAAAUCGCCUGGGUUGACGGACACCCGCCGAGAGGGAUUGCUCCCACCGGCUCUGUCGCGCCACCAUUAUUAAAUUUUGAGAUCUACUCAAAAACCAAACAGAAAAUGAACACAAUGUCGCUCGUCCCGCAAAUCUCACAGCAUGAAACUGGCCACGCAAACAGUCACAGCAGCCUCAACGGAAAUGCAUUCGUCUCCAUGAGUCCCCACAGCCACGUCCGCACGCUCGAAUUGAAGAAAAAUCAAGGUCCCCUCCCGUGUCCCGAGUGCGGAAAGCUCUUCGCGAAGGAAUUCGAUAUCAAACGUCACAUGUACACUCACACCGGAGAGAAACCUUUCAAGUGCGACGUUUGCGGCCGUGGCUUCUCCCAAAAAUCGACUCUCAAGGUGCACUACAACAUCCACACUGGAGAUAUGCCAUAUAACUGUCACCUCUGCGGCAAGAAGUUCCGCCAAAAGCAAGGAUUGAACGCACACAUCAAGGCUAAGCGCUGUCAAAGUGGACCCGGUCAGCGAGGGGAUCCCAUCGGCGCUCGUAUCAACCAAAGCAGUAAUACCAACAUCGGUGUUAGCCUCGUUGUUCCUCCCGCUGGUCUAACUUCUCCCCUUGGUCUUCAGAAUCCUCCACUGGGACAAUGCAGCCCUUCCGUUCCGCCCACAUACGAGCUCGCGCUAGAAGCCAUCAGGAAGAUCACCCAAGGACAGUUCUCGCAAUUCAAACUCAAUCAGACUGGCGACUCCGAAACAAUGAGCAAUUUCCUGAAGCUACUGACUCCCCGAGAUCACCUUGGCCGAGCAAACAGUCCGACAUGCGAAAUCGAAGAAAUCUCGACUGCUACAAUCGAAGAGUGCCAGUCGCCGCGCGCCUCAAGCUCCGACAGUGACGAGUUCAACUCUUUGUCCACGGUGAUCGACAGUGCCAGUGAUGAUACCCUUUCGACGAAAAGCGAAAUCACUUCGAAUGAGAUUAGCGAGAUCAUCACCAACCUGCCGGCUCCAGAACAAAGCGACAACAUCGGACCUAUCCGAAGGCGCAACCGACGAAAGCAAGCAUGUCCUUCUCGAGUUACUGACACCGCCUGA